GAUGCUCACACCUUCAAUGGUGCCUGUUUUGUUUUAUCCAUGCCUCCGCUGAGCUAUUAUUACAAAAUAUUUAUCGACACUUGGUCCUGACAUUGAUUGUUAAUCAAAGAUAUUUCCAAAAUUUUCGAAGCCUCAUAGAAAUGCUACUGUAUUGUUUUGGCUUCUUCAUUUACUUCAACUUUGUGCAAAUCGCCCAGUCAAAUCACAUCAUCAAUAGUGAACAAGAUUGUUAUUCUAACAGCCCUAUGGCAGUAAGGGUCUUCCUGACUGUAUCCUCACUCACAGCAUCCACCACAACGAAAGGUGUCGUCAAGCGCCAUCUGGAGGUGAACUGGGUCGCACCCCUACCGAUCCGGAGUGACCGCAUUCACAUUUAUCGUGUGGAUCCGGUGAGGGACCCAACUGCCAUCCCCAUCCUCUCAUUGGAACCAAUUGAUUACCCCGGUGGUUAUUAUAAAACCGAUAUUGAAUUAUCCGUCCACACCAGGAAUUUGAGAGUCUCGUCUAAAUACACAUGUUUAGGAUACUGGGCCACUUACAAAAGAAUAAGCGGAGAAAUGGUAACUUCGACAUGUCUGCGGACACAACCGAAAUGGAUGUCCGAGAGCGCAUACCACCUUGCUGGCCUGCAGCUGAGUGAGAUCAUGAUUCCGGGCAGCCACGACUCCGGCAGCUUCUUCUAUAGGCAGGAACGCGAGCCCUUUUCCAAAUACAAGUACGCGCAGGAAGUGUCCAUCUUCAACCAACUGGUGUACGGCCUUCGCUACUUCGACCUGCGAGUGGGACACUACGGGGACAAGUUCUAUAUCAAUCACAAUUUUCUGAGGACGGAACACACAGUGAAGUCCAUUUUGCACGAGGUGCAUAAGUUUUUGUCUUUAAGUCCGAAAGAAAUCAUCAUCUUGGACUUCCACAACUUCCCUCAUGGAUUUCACAACGACAAGAUUCACCAGAAACUGCAAAAACUCAUCGUAUCUGUGUUGGGAUCCCACCUUAUACCUUUCACAGACGAAUUUGAAAAUGCUACAAUCGGGGAUUUAUGGGAGCACAAGAAAAAUAUUCUCUUGAGCUACGACAGCGAUACCCGAAACUCUUUCUUCCCGGGUGUAUUCUGGCCCAGCAUUCCGAGAGCGUGGGGCAAUAAACAAACUGCAGAAGGGCUAAAAGAAUACUUCAGGGAAUUUUUUGAAAAGCCCACGCCGCAGGGUUUAUGGGCCUCCAUGGCAGAGAUCACCCCAAACACCAAGUCCAUAAUCUUACACCCGGUGAGUGGCCUGCGAGUUCUGGCUGAGAAAAUCAACAGGAACAUCACGCAUUGGUUCAGGGACCUAUAUUGGCAAAAGGCAAAUAUUGUGGCAACGGAUUAUUUUCUAGGAAAUGAUAUAAUUGAUGUUGCCAUUCGGACAAACAGAAUCAAAGGCAUAUGUCCAGAAAGUGCCUGGUCAAAUAUGACUCCUUGAAGAGGACUUAAAAUAUGGUUUCAAAUAUUCGUACAUUAAGGUAAAACUUUGAUAAUCAUGAUGUUUCUUGGGUUUUAAAGGUAGCAACGAAAUUUUAUAGAAAUGUUUAUUAGCAUAUUAAGAACUUUGUAUUGAGAAAAAUAGUUUUAAAUCUCAUAAUAUUAUGUUUAUUCUGAAAAGUUUAGAAUUAACUUUGGUAUAAAACAUAUUUAACAUGUAAAUGGAAGAAAAAUAUUCAUCCUUACAUAAUAUGAAUUCGAAAACUUGUAAUAUAUUUUAUUGAAAACAUAAAAUAAAACUGAAACAAAAUGAAUAAUUUUGAUACUUUGUUUUUUAAUUAUUUAUUGUUAAAAGCAGAAAAAUAGUAAAGAUUGUUUAACCUAUACUAUUUCCUGUCUAAUUUGUUGAUUGAGCAAUGAAAUCUUGCUGACUGAGUAUUUUUAAAAAGAGAUUAUAUGUGAUAUUAUACAUAUUUUAAUAUUAUUUUUAUUAUUUUGUCCUCCUUGUUUAAAAUUUUUGAGAUUAUUGUUUACUUUAUUCCAUCAAGUAUGUUAUUUGUUUUCUGAUCUUGUUAACGUGCAAACAAGUGCACAUGUUCUCAUAUUUUUCAUCCUCAUCGUAUUUUCUCAUACUUGUAUAUUUAAAUUCCCAUAAUCCGGCAUCGUUUUUUUUUUAUAUCUUCAUUUUUUGUAUA